AUGUAUCAAACCUGGUAUCCUCUACUGAGACACAUUUAACUGCGUCUCUGAGCUUGCUACAGCCCCUAGGGAUCUGAAUUAACAGAAUUAGGCAUUGCUUCAUUCGAUGGAGGUGGGCCAAGAAAUCCAAUUAUAUCAGGAUUUGAGAAGUGCGUACGCAAAAUUCUACGAACGAACAAAAUUCGAUGAUGGUAUGCUGGUAGCGGACGAUUGGGGAGUUGCAAUGCACGAAUUCGAGGAAGAGGUUGCGCGGAUUACGCGGACCAUUCAUGCCCCAUUUUUCACACACUUUCUAACCGCAUUACCCCGAGAGAUCCGAGAUCAAGUGUACGAGUACUUAUUGGAUGAAGAAACACACCAUGACCGAGAACGGGCAGCUCUAUUACGAACAAGGUGGGAAUUUGAACAGCAGCGCGGACAGGAAGUAUGGAGGUGUGCGACCCACUAUUCGAUUCCGUUCUUUGCUCGCCCUGAAUACGUUGGAGGAGCCAUUGCUUCCGAGAUUGUCGAUACCUUUUUUCGACAGCUCGACGUUGCGCUCGAUCCCAAUUGUAAGGAACAACAUCUUUUCUGGGAUUGGUUUGGCAAAGAAAUCAAAGUUGUUGAUCAUAUACGACGCCUGAAGCUUUACUUUAAGCCCAUUCCACCCGAACAAAAACGAAAUGGGGAGUAUCCUGCGGACCUUUUGAAGAACAGAAUAGUAAACCGAUACUACGAGCAAUUGAGCGCUCACCUGUCUAUGUUGUCGAUCAUCAAGCAUCGGAAAGGCUUUCAACUUGAGCUUAUUUUUGGAGCCGGUUAUCCAAGCGCGCAGAUCACACCCCGACAAUUGCUCCGAACUCUCGAAAUCGUUAAACCCAUAUAUCUCCAGUUGGAGCUAUCUUCUUUCAUCAUUACCACCACGGUAUUAAAAUUAGACGGGACGAAAGACCUACUUGGCAUUUACAUGGAGCACUAUUUCCGUAACUCCUUAGAAGAUUGGCUGGUAAGAAUGGAAAGCUGUGAUGGUUAUGAUGUCGAUAGAAAGCUGAGAGAAGAGGCAGAGAUUCUGGGAACGGCUAAAAGACGCCUUAGGAUACAGAAAGAGCAGCAUGAUUGUGCCUCAGAAACCAGCGCUGAAGAAAGUAGGGGCAUAGAAUAAGAAG